GGCUGCGGGGGAGGAAAUCCAAGCGCCGCUUUCUCAGCCCGGCCCCUCCGUGCCAUCGGGCUGCUCCGCCGUUGCUCCCUCCGGCAGCCGCUCUCUCAUCCCGGGGGCGGUGGCGGUGCGGGUCCCCGGUUAUCCCGGGAUCCCGGUCCCUCCGGGCCGGCCCGGGGAUGCGGUGGCGGUGCCCAUGGUGAGCCGCCGGCACCAUGCCGCCCCGCCCGCCCCCGACAUGUUCGAGGGCUGCCGGCGGGCGCGGAGCCUGUGGGGCGGUGUGAGGCUGGAGGUGGCCGGGGAGAGCAGCCCCGUGGUGCUGCACAGCUUCACCCAGCUCGACCCCGACUUGCCGCCGCUGGAGAGCUCCACACAGGAGAUUGGAGAAGAGCUGGAGGAUGGUGUGAUCUACAGCAUAUCGCUGCGCAAAGUGCAGCUCCAUCACACGGCCAACAAGGGGCAGCGGUGGCUGGGGUUUGAGAAUGAGUCAGCCUUAAACCUCUAUGAGACGUGUAAGGUGCGGACGAUAAAAGCUGGGACCUUGGAGAAGCUGGUGGAGUACCUGGUUUCGGCCUUCAAGGGCAAUGAUUCCACCUAUGUCACCAUCUUCCUGUGCACUUACCGGGCCUUCGCCACCACCAAGCAAGUGCUGGACCUGCUGCUCAACAGGUAUGGCAAACUGCACGUGCAGACGAACGGAGACCACGCCAGGCACAUUGUGGACGAGAGGAUGGAGCUGAAGAACACCAUCUCCUCCAUCCUGGGCGCCUGGCUGGACCAGUACUCAGAGGACUUCCGCAAGCCCCCGGACUUCGCCUGCCUCAAGCAGCUCAUCUCCUACGUGCGCCACAACAUCCCUGGUUCAGACCUGGAGCGCCGAGCCCGCAUCCUGCUGGCCCAGUUCCAGCAGCAGGAGCAGAGUGAGACUGAAGCAGAAGCUGUGGACCACGGUGGCUGCACGUUCCAGCUGGUGGAGGAGAACGGGGUUGGGGAUGGGAAGUCAGAUUUCCUCUCCUUCUCCCCAGAGAUGGUGGCAGAACAGUUCACGCUGAUGGAUGCUGAGCUGUUUAAGAAAGUGGUGCCUUACCACUGCCUGGGCUGCAUCUGGUCCCAGCGAGACAAGAAAGGCAAAGAGCACCUGGCGCCCACCAUCCGCGCCACAGUCUCGCAGUUCAAUAGCGUGGCCAACUGUGUCAUCGCCACGUGUCUCGGGGACCGGACCCUGAAGCCGCAGCAGAGAGCUAAAGUGGUGGAGCGGUGGAUCGAAGUGGCUCGGGAGUGCCGCAUCCUGAAGAACUUCUCCUCACUCCGAGCCAUCCUCUCGGCUCUGCAGUGCAACGCUGUGCACCGGCUGAAGAAGACUUGGGACGAGGUCUUGCGGGAGAGCUUCCGCACUUUCCAUGAGCUCUCAGAGAUCUUCUCCGAUGAGAACAACCACUCCUUGAGCCGGGAGCUGCUCAUUAAGGAGGGCACGUCCAAAUUUGCCACCUUGGAGAUCAACCCAAAGAGGGCCCAGAAGCGGCAGCAGCAGCAGCGAGAGAUGGGUGUGAUGCAGGGCACCAUUCCCUAUCUUGGCACCUUCCUCACGGACCUGGUGAUGCUUGACACCGCCAUGAAGGAUUUCCUGGACCCGGCAACCAGCCAGCACUGAGCCCUGUGCCAGUGGCAGUUCCCACUCCAAGUCCUUCGACCAGCUCAAGUGUGGGCAAUACCUGUGCAGCGGGGAUGCCACCGACUCGGUCAGCGUCACCUCUGCCGGCUCCAGCAGCUCCGACGUGGAGGAGAUCAACAUCAGCUUCAUCCCCGAGUCCCCUGACUGCCAAGAGAAGAAGGGCAGUGAGAUCCCUCUGGCCUCCCUCCCCCAGCACUCGUACACCCCGUCUGUGGCUGAUGGAGAAGCUAAACCUACUGUGUCCUCCGCAUCCCCUCUCCUCCCUGCCCUCCAGUUCUGGGAAUCCACCUCUCUCUCCUCCCUGGACACGUCGGGCAUCGGCUCGGGCUCCAGCAGUGCCUCGUCCUCCUCCGUCUCCUCCACGCCAGUGACAGCAUCCCGCACUCACAAGCGCUCCGUCUCCGGCAUCUCCAGCUACUCGUCCCUCUCGCUGCCCCUUUACAACCAGCAGGUCGACGAUUGCUGUAUCAUCCGUGUCAGCCUGGCUGUGGACAACGGCAACAUGUACAAGAGCAUCCUGGUGACUAGCCAGGAUAAGACACCGGUCGUUAUUCGCAAGGCCAUGGCCAAACACAACUUGGACGGGGACCGGCCUGAAGACUACGAGCUCGUUCAGAUCAUCUCAGAGGAGAGAGAGCUGAAGAUCCCCGACAACGCCAACGUCUUCUACGCCAUGAACUCCGCCGCCAACUAUGACUUCGUGCUCAAGAAGCGGGGUUUCUCCAAGGGGGUGAAGAUCAAGCACGGCUCCAGCUCCACCCUGCCCAGGAUGAAGCAGAAAGGCCUGAAGAUCGCCAAAGGCAUCUUCUAGCCUCAGCCCCACUGCCACCCCUCACCGACGGGGCCUUGGAGGCAGGCUGUAGCCGGGCCUGGUGCCGCCGGCAGGGCCAGGAACGACGCUCACCCGCACCGAGAGCUGCUUUGGCACCCGGCGGCCCUUCCGCCUCUCUCUGCACAAGCUCCCGUUUCAAUCAGGUCUUUUUUUUUUUUCUACACAGGAAGGCAGCGGGAAGGGGGGGGGAAAUCUCUCUCUCUUUUAGUUUUAAUUUUAAACCUUCCACGGUGCGACACUCGUCCAGCCGCCAGCCUGCCCAGAGCAGGAGCCCGCCUCUCUGCCGUAGGUGCCUUGUGUCCGCGCGAGCCGGGGAGCGGUGGCUUGGAGGGGCCCUUUGCAAGGAGCACACACGAGCCACUGCCACGCGAGCUGGGACGGGCGCUCCCCUUCUCGGCACUGGUUUACCUCCACGUCCUUCCCCGGAUCACCUGGCAUUGCCACCACCGCCUGUGCGUGCCCUGGGAGAAGCCGUGCUGGAAAGGAUGCGGCCCCACAGCCGGUGCCUCGUGGACAAGGGUUGCUGUCGAUGACUGGAAGCCUCCGCGUGGUCUCGCUCCUCUCCCCGAUCCAGCCGCCGGCCCCCGUUCAAACCUGCACCAAAGAUCAAAUGCCAGUGUCCCUUCUGCAGGCGGGGGAGCUUUGCAUGCAUCCCCGUGCCCCCAGAGCUGCCAGCCGAGCCAGGAGGAGGAGGAGGAGAGCGGACUGCUGUCCGAAUUUGUGUAAAUAGAGACCUCGUGUCUGCACGGGCGGGCAAGGAGUCAGAGAGCUCGGGGUGCUCCGGCUGCCACCGCCUGACCCACAGAAAGUGCCACUCACCUUGGGCUUUAACCAGACUUUUUCCAACACUGACCAUGGGAGAAGCAGCGAUGAGACUUCUUUUGUAUAAAACAAACAAACAAAAAAGUUUACUGAUUUUUUUUUUUUUUUGCAAUAUUUAUUGGUUGUAAAUAGAAGAGAUGAACUUGUACAUUUUACUAACCCAGAGCCCCCCCUCCCCUGCCCUGCAGCCCAGUCCCUCUCCUGUCCCCCCCUAUUUAAGGCUGCUGGGAGGGAUGCUCACAGCAGCAGUGUCGCUCUGCCCUGCUCACACGGCGCUGACCCCUCUGGGCUCCCCCCUCUCUUGUUUCUUUACCACUCGACGCUCGAGCAGGGGCAGAGAUGCUUGUUUUAACGACUGUAGGAAACACUAACCAAAAGGGGGAGCUUUAUUUUUUUUCUUUUUGCCCCUGGACCUGCUGGCUCCAUCACGUUUUGAGCGCUUCCUCCCAGCACAUCUUUUGUUUCCUGUCUGUCCGUGCUGCUGGGUGGGAGGAAACGUGUUCCCUGGCUCCAGGAGAGGGGCUGGGAUGCAGCGACACCGCACGGCGACACUCGGAGGCCCAGGGCUGGUGGCAGGACCGGGUGGAGAGAGGCUGCUUGUUUACGAGCACGGCUGGCAUGAGUUCUGCCAGCCCUCUGUCCCCUUGGCUGGCAUCGCCUGGGCCACCACGCCCACACUGCACAUGAUGGGAGCCCUUGGCACCCUGACGCAGGGGCUGCCUCCUGCCUCCCACCCCACCCGGAGCCUGGCCCCUGCCUUUGGGUGCCAGCACCCCUGGGCCUCCCCCUGGCUCCAUGCUGCUCUGUGCCUACCAGCUCCUGCCCACCCCUCUGCCCCUCUCCCCUCCCCUCCUGCUGAUGUCCUCUGGAAGCCCAGCAUCCCCGGAGGGGACUGGCUGUACCAUAUGUAUUUUGUACCACUUCAGUGAAGGAGCACACUGCCCAGUGUGACUUGUACACAGCAAUGUAAUUAGACUUUGCAAUAAAAUACCGAUCCUCAAACA